CCUUUCACUUGUCAGUGGGGAACAGAGGGAAGAAAAAAAAAGUUUGAAGGGAAGCAAAAAAAAAAAAAGAGAGAAAGAAAAUCACGGAAGAGACUUUAGCAGUUGUACGAGUUUGGCAAGUUCCGCGGAGUCGACGCAGGAGUCGUUGCAGCAGCGCGAAGGGGAAGACAAAAAAAAAAAGGGGGGGGGCGACGAAAAUCUUUCUUUUUUUGCGCGCAUUUCCACGCUCGGCCCGACGAUUUACGAGAGGGGAGUCAUGGAGGAAGCCAUUCAGACCGUGGUCAAGGUCUUCCUGAAGUCCGGUAAAGGGAAGGAAAGUUUGGGACCCAAAGACUUCCAGAACAUGGUCAAGAGUCAACUCUCCAACAUCUUGUCGGACGCGGACAGCAAGGAGGCGGUCCAGAACAUGGGCAAGGGCCUGGAUGAGAACAAGGAUGGCAAGGUGGGCUUCGACGAGUACAUGAAGCUGGUGGGCUACUUGGCCCAGUCCCUCAGCAAGCAGCGUUGCCGCGCCAACGAAGCCCAACCGGCCCAGAAUGCGCAGAACAGCGCCGCGGAGAACGCCGCCCCCAAGGCCGAAACCCGGGAAGACAAGAUGGAGGCCAGCGCCGAUGGAAAGGUGGAGGAGGAGAAGAAGGAGAAGGAGGUGGAGGUGGAGGUGGAGAAGCCUGCUGAGGUGACCUCGCCGGGCGUGGAUGUGACCGCCCCGACCGUGGAGGUGACCUCUUCGACCGUGGGGGUCGCGGUCGAGGAGGAGAACGCCGAGGCCGAGGAGACGGAAAAGGUGGUUGAGGACGCGGCAGAGAAGAUGGCCGACGCGGCGGCGGAGGAGGAGGAGGCCGAGAAGAAGCCCGACGAAUCCGCCACCUCGUAGGGGACAAUCUUUCCAUCCAUCCAUCACAACGAUAAUAAUAAUUACUCGACAUCAACACUAAGAGCCACUACAAUGGCUAAAGGCCUAAAUUUAUGGGGGGGGGGAGACCACUAGCUAGCUUCCUAUGUGUAAUUUCCACGUCGUAAGCUACCGAGCGAGCUGACUAGCUGUCUCAAUAGCUUUUUCUCGCUGUCUAUUUAGCUAUCGUCCACAAGUAGCUACCUACCAAGCUCCCAAACUUCCUAGCUUUCUGUCUCUGUGAAUCUGAAAAGGCGAGCCUAUCUACAGAUAAAAAGCUAGUGAGUUAGCGAACCACUACAAAAACAGUAGGUGGUCAAAUACGACUCGGGUUCUCUUGGAUUUAUUUAGCCAUAUCAAGCUAUCAUCUCUGGAACCCUAACUACAUACCAGGUUAACUUCUUAUCAACUUAUUCAAUUUUAGGUUUCUAGCCUUCAUAUAUUGCACAUUUUGUAGUAUGUAUCUUGUAUUAUGAUAUCCAAACAAAUAGCUAGAAACUACCUACAUGCAGGGGCUAUCCUACAAUGUCUCACUACCUUUAUCUAUAUCAUUCUAGCAGUCAAUAUAUCUAUAGCGAGCUAGCUAGCAAUCAGACCACUGAGCUAGAGCUAGCUACUGUAAGUACCUAGCGACAAAGCUAAUUACCAAGACGUUAGCUCCACAGCAUUCCAUUGUGAAUUUCAAUUAAAUCUACUAGAAUCUUGAAAUUCACCACGGUAAAACCCCAUCGAGCUACCUAUCGGCUCGCUAGUUGCCUACCUACCACUAAACCAGCAGCGAUCGGGUAUAAAUUCCCAUUUUUAUCCAGAAAUACGACCAGAAUCCGAUUUACGACUAUGAAUUUUGAGCAUUUGUGGUGCAAAAUGCACUAAAAGCGCACCAUAUUGUACAACCACUCCACCAAAACAGCCUAGCUAAACAACACACCGCUGCUAGCAUGUGCAUGCCACUAAUAGAGCACAUUUCCCUCGCAUCGUGUGAAAACAUGGCGGCGUUUACUCCCCCCUCUGCUUCAAAGGGAAUAGUUAGCAUGUAGCCCGGCCUGCGCAAUGCAUCCAUUUGUACUGUUUCUUGAUGUUUUUGAGUUUAAUUCCUCGAUUUGCAAAUUAUUUUUCCCACUUUUCCGUGACUCACAAAACUUUUCGGUGUUGUGUUUUUUUGGGUUUUUUUUUUUUUUUUUUUUUGGUCCAACAAUAAACAAACGGUGUUGCCGCUAACCCAUCGCCGCUUCCCUCCUCAUUCGCUCCUCCUCCUCCUCCUUCCCCUGCUUCUUCUUCAUCUUCUUUUUAUAUCCUCACUCCACCUGGAAGCGACAUUAAACCCGUCGGAGCCACAAUUAGACACGGAGAUCGGGUGCGCCGCUAAAUAAUUAAGAAUCGAGGAGGGAACCCAAAACGAGCCUCGCCGGUUACGAAGCGGUCCGAGUGGGCGGCGGGGGGUGAAAUGGCCCCCGAAUGGAAACAAAUCGGGGGUGAAUCCUCCCAGAUUUGGGGUUGAAGAAUCAUUUUGAUGCUGCCUUCAGGGAAGAGGAUGAUAAAGAAAUGAGACGACAGCAAGGCAUGCUCUUGGUUCGAUUGCCUAAACCACAGGUGUCAAACUCGAGGCCCGGGGGCUAGAUCUGGCCCGCCACACGAUUUUACGUGUGCCACGAAGACAAAUCGAAACUUCCACGACUUUUGUGAAAAUGUGCACCAAAAUUUCCAAUUGUCGUAUUAUAAAUGAUGACGUUGAGAUAUUGCGAGCAUUUUUGUGUUUCCAAACAUCAACGAUAGUUGAAAAACCCUUGAUUUCUGAUUUCUAAACUAGUUGAUGAAUUUAAUUGUGUAAAUAUCAUGGGUCGAUUAAAGAUUUUUAUGGUUUCACAGUAAUAAUGGCCCUCUGAGGGAAAUCGUGAGCUCCAAUGUGGCCCGCCAUAAAAAAUGAGUUUGACACCCCUGGCCUAAAUGCUCGUUUCGGAGGCCGAAAUAAUCCAGAAUGGAAAGAAAGUGAGGGAAAAUCUGAUAUUGGAACCCCCGUGAAUAACUGCUCAUAGAAACUGGAAGGUAUGAAAAUCAAAUUUGAAGUUAAAAAUGGCAAACAAUGAAAACCGAUCUGCCCCGUGAUGAAAGUCAAUUUAAUGUGUUUUUUUUUUCUUUUCUGGGAAUUUCGUGUUUCUUGAAUUUAGCCACAAACUUUUUUGUAAAAUUUCACAGUUGGAUUUGUUAUUUAAAAAAAAAAAAAAAAAAACAAUCCACAAACAAAGGAAAAAAAUAUAUUUUUGUGUUUGUGGCCCUCACUUAAGACCCCGUUUGACCUGCCAACGGAUCUCCACCCUAACCGGAUUAGACGACGCACGCACACAAUUUCCUGAAAGGCGUCCCUUCCAUUUUGUCUUGCACGAUGAGCCUUUGACCGCACCCCCCACCCAAAUAAAAUCCACCCAAUACAAGUAUGAUGAUUCUGUGAUGGGCUCGCGUUUAAAGCCCCCCCGCCAAUUUGUUAAUUCCGAUUUGAUGCUUUGUAAAUGUUGACGUGGUCAAUAAUGCAGGCCCGAGGGGGGAAAAAAAGGGCUCGUGUUGCACGUAACGUCGGCCUCGAAGCGACGACCAGUAACAAAACCACUACGACCUGCGCAAUGCAAAUAAAAGUCAUGUGCUCCCGGCACGCCCUUUGUAAAUAUUAUGCACUCCGCUCAGCCUUUAUACACAAUUUCUUUUUUUUUUUUUUUUUUUAAACCGCUGACUAACAUUUUGGGCAUUUCGGGAUCCUGUUUGUUUUUUGUUUGUUUUUGCUUUUUUUUUUUUUAAUAUAAACACAUUACUCUUACGUACAGUCAACCCCUUUAUUGCAAAGGAUAUGAUCAUAACCUACCUGCCACCGGUGAAAAUUUGCAGUAUGCAGAGACGAAACAAUUUCUUUUUUUUUAAAUACACUUUUUUUUUUUUUUUAACCCCUCCCACACGCUUUCAACACAUUUACCUAUUGCAGUUAAAUAAAAAAAAAAAGAGAAUAGGUAUAAUAGGGGCAGGACGGUGUCUUAAGAUGGAAAGCAUUGCCUCACAGUUCUGAGGUCCCGGGUUCAAUCCCAGCCCCGCCUGUGUGGAGUUUGCAUGUUCUUCCCGAGCCUGCGUGGCUUUUCUCCGGGUGGGCACUCCGAUUUCCUCACACAUCCCGAAAACAUGCGACAUUAAUUGCACACGCUAAAUUGCCCCUAGGUGUGACUGCGAGUGCGGCUGUUUGUCUCCAUGUGCCCUGCGAUUGGCUGGCGACCGGUUCAGAGUGUACCCCGCCUCCUGCCCGUUGACCGCUGGGAUAGGCUCCGGCACUCCCCGCGACCCUCGUGAGGAUAAGCGGCGAAGACAUUGGCUGGUCGGUUGUGAUUGUGAGCGCGGCUGUGUUGUCUCAAUGUGCCCUGCGAUUGGCCGCCGACCAGUUCAGGGUGGAACCCGAUAGGCUCGAGCACUCCCUGCGACCCUUGUGAGGAUAAGCAUCUUAGAAAAUGGAUGGAUGGCUGAUAUAACAUCACUUUGAGGAAAUGAAAAUGUCGAGGUCCAGCUCCAAGGUGUUUAUUUUUCACUCCUAUCUGAAUUAUGCUAAAAAAAACAACAACAAUCUAACGAACAUCUGUUAGCAUAAUGCUAAUAGAUCAUGUAAAAUGCUAACAUUCAGACGAAAGGAUAGCAGAGAUGUCGCAAAAAUUAUAAACCUUCAAAAACUGCUUUUUUAACGGACACUAUGGAGCUGAGAGUACAACCAGAACAUGAAUUUUUGUCUCUCUGAUUUGCGGAGAAGUUUUGUCGGGGACCUUCUCCGCCUCUUUUUACUGCACUGCAUAUCUUACACUCGACGCCAGUUGUUGGUACGCCACUGAAGGCAGUUCAUCAAAUUCGGACACGUCGGUAAAAAGUUUGCGAUACGGCGGGGGGGGGGGGGGGGGGGGUUCACUGCACUUCUCUUUUCACUCCGAAGAAGCUUGCCGUGUACAUAAGGCACGAAUGUGUCUGUGUGUGUUUUCGUUGCGGUCUAUGCAGGCGUUAAAUGUGAUCUUUGGUGCAUUGUGGGGGGUACAAAAUAAAAAAAAAUUAAAAAAAAAAAGGGAAAACUGGAUCGGUGUAUUGAUCGUGAACCGCAUACCUCAGCCUGGAAACAUCUCAUUUAGGGAUUUGUAAAUUGCUUUUUUCGUGAGCCGCGCCCCCCACCGCAGAUGUUGGAAAAACGUGUCGGGGGUGGGGAGGGGGGCAUCGUGGGGGGGGGGGGGGUGUUUGCAAACAUGUGACAAUGAAGAUCAGAAGGCGCCCCGGGGAGAGAUGCCGCGCGGUCCUGUAAUGUGCGCCCGCCGCCAAAUACCCGAGAGUACGUUUGCGUGUGAUUUAUGUAUCUCUGCGUACACUUUUUGUGCAUCGCUAUGUUAGCAAGCCGUCAAUCCGCGCUAUGUAAAAUCUGUAUCAUUUUAUCGCCGAAUCAUGAAUAAUAAAACUGUGACGACCUAACCCGACUGCUCAACUGUGUGCGCCUCCGUGACUAAUAAACUUUCUGAAACAUGUUAUGGGAUACAUAUGGUAAAUAUUAGAUACAUACACUAGUACAGGAGGAAGAAAAAACAUGACCCAUACGUAUAUAAAUGAGAUCAAUUAUUAGAAAGAUGGAUAGAUGAAGCGUUGGCCUCACAGUUCUGAGCCCCCGGGUUCGAUCCCGGGCCCCGCCUGUGUGGAGUUUGCAUGGUCUCCCCUUUGCCUGCGCGGGGUUUUCUCCGGGUGGGCACCCGGGUUCCCCCCCACAUCCCCCAAAAAAACAUGCGGCAUUAAUUGGACACUCUAAAUUGCCCGUAGGUGUGAAUUUGGGUGCGAUUGGUUGUUUCUAUCUGCCCUGCGAUUGGCUGGCAACCAGUUCAGGGUGUGCCCCGCCUCCCGCCUGUUGACAGCUGGGAUACUCUCGUGAGGAUGAGCGGCAAAGAAAAUGGAUGGAUGGAUUUAGUGCUCCCGAGAAAAAUCAUCUUUUCUACUGAAAAGUUCAAUUUUGUGAGAAACUAAU